CAAAUACAACAAAUACUAAGAGGCGAACGAUAGUAGUGGAGCCUGCAGUAUUCUUAUAUUAUCUAGCCUUUUUUUCACACUUUAUCCUUUUAAAGCAGUAUGUCUAUUACAAGGUCGGGAGUGAGUAUAGUAACAGUGAUAACUACACACAAGAGGAAACGCAAUGUAAUACAGCCAAUGCAACGACGGCGGAAGUUGAGUUACGAGUCACAAUACAAGCAAAUGCCUCGAGAUGGAUGCUGUACUUGCAUAUGUCUGUAUUGGCCCCUCAGUUUAUAAUGGCGCUUGUAUUAGGCGCUUACUCGGACAGAGGAGGUCGGAAAAUCACCAUCCUAUUUUCAAUAGUAGGAACAUGUUUGAAUUGUAUAUCUAAUGUCAUCUUUAUUUAUUUAGACUUGGGUAUUAAGUAUUGGAUAUUAGGCGGUGUAAUCCAGGGAAUAUCUGGAGGUGCAUCUUCUUUUACUAAUACAAGUUUUGCCUACAUUGCCGACACGGUGGCACCCGCUGAAAGAUCGUUUAGAAUGACUGUAGUUACUGCAGUGUAUGGUGUGUCCGGGGUAGUUUCCCAAAUAGGAAUUGGGUACUGGAUAAACUAUGUUAUUUACCUUCUUUCUGGUUCAUAUCCUGCGUUCACAUUACUAACAUCUUCUAUGUCAUUUUCUUCGUUCGCGAAUCAAACCAACAAAAUACGAACGGCAAUUUUAAUCCAUUUCGGGACUUACAGAAUGCCGCUAUGUUGUUUUACAAGACGGAUGCACCAGGACGAAACUGGAAGCUAUUGGCAUUACUUAUCACAUUUGCGUUAGGAACUAUGGUUAAUUCUGGGAAAGAUGAUGUUAUGGUUCUCUUUGCGCUAAAUAGACCAUUGUGUUGGAAUUCAAUCAUCAUUGGCUACUUCACUGCAACGUAUGCCCUGUUACUGACCGUUGGGUCGAUACUCGGAAUUAAGCUCUUUGGAAGAUGUUUAACCGAUGGAGGAAUAGCAAUAUUGGCAGUCGGGAUAGUCACAGUAAUGAAUGCCUUCCAAGCGUUUGUCAGUAACACCACAAUGAUGUUUCUAGUUCCUGUAAUAGGGAUGUUUGGAACGAUGUUUCUGCCCUUAAUACAAUCAAUCAUGUCUAAAACGGUACUAGAAGAUGAGCAGGGAGCCUUGUUCGCUGUGAUUGGGAGCAUAGAAACGGCCACUAUCCUCGGCAGCAUCUCACUCUUCAACAUGAUAUAUGCAGGCACCGUACAUUGGUUCGCUGGAUUCGUAUUCUUAGUUACGACAGGAAUCAGCCUGUCAGCUCUAGCAACGUACUGUAUCUACGUUAGGAUAUCAGGCAUACAACUAAUGACUUCGAAACAGAAAGACAGAAUCCCACUUCUUCCCGACUAA